ACUGGGAAAAGAAUAACAAAAGCAUUUCGACUGUGAAGACUACACGACUAUUACAAGAUUGCAAUUACUUGCAAUUAAUUAUUUGACACAAAACAAAUUAAGCUACAGAUUUUUUCAUGCUUAUGCUGUGGUGCUGCCUGGGGGAAGGGUGAGACAGAUGGACUAACCCAUGUAAAAGUCCCCCCCUCCUCUCUAAUCUCUCUGGGUAAAGAGAAGGAGGGCUAUCAGGCAUCCAGCCUCGAUCACUCACUCUACUGGCACCGUUCACUGCCUUCAAACAGUUGACAGGAUACUGCUUCUUUUGAGUUUUCUACGGUUUAAAGGAUGAGCAUGUGCACAGCGGGGGACCUUCUGUGCCCUGAGAUCUACUGCUGACUCAGGAUCACAGGAGAAAUCUGGGGAAUCUUCUAGAUCACUCAAUACUAACUGAAAUCAUCACAUUUUCAAGCAUCACCAGCUGGUCUUUGGAAUUUGUCGAUUAGGUUUUGGUAAAGUCGAUCACAUAAGUAGUCAUGUCGACUGCUCAGGUGAUCACCCGCAAAGGCGUCUACAACUACUUCCUCAACAUGGUGGCCUACCAGAUAUGUUGCUGCUGUGGUCCAGCUCCCUGCUCGCUCUGCUGCUCCUGCUGUCCACCCAUCAAGUCCUCCACCAGCACCCGCCUGAUGUACACUCUGUUCCACAUCCUAGCCUGCACUGUGUCAUGCCUCAUGCUGUCUCGUACUGUCUCUGAGGCCGUGAGAGAGAACGUGCCUUUCUUUAAUGUGGUGUGUGACGAGGCCCACGGUGGAGGAAACUGUGAUAUGUUGGUGGGAUACUCUGCGGUCUACAGGGUCUGCUUUGGCACAGCCUGCUUCUACCUGAUGAUGGCUCUUCUUCUUGUGGAUGUGAAGUCUAGCCAGGAUUUCAGAGCUCUCAUCCACAAUGGAUUCUGGUUCUUGAAGUUUAUUUUACUGCUUGGGAUGGUCGCAGCUGCCUUCUUCAUCCCCACUGAUUCUUUCCUGCAAGCCUGGCACUAUGUCGGAGUGGUGGGAGGUUUUUCUUUCAUCCUCAUUCAGCUCAUCCUCAUCACUGCUUUCGCUCACACUUGGAAUAAGAACUGGUUAACUGGUGCAGCUGAAGAUAAGAAGUGGUAUGUGGCAGUCAUGUGUGCCACCUUCUUUUUCUACACCAUCGCUACUGCAGCCUUUACCUUCAUGUACAAGUACUACACACACCCUGCUGCGUGCCGACUCAACAAAGCACUGCUGUUUACCAACCUGGGCCUGUGCACAGUCAUGUCCUUCAUCGCUGUCACCCCCUGCGUCCAGCAAAAACAGCCACGCUCAGGACUGCUGCAGGCCUCCAUCAUCAGCUGCUACGUCAUGUACCUGACCUUCUCGGCUCUCUCCAGCCGUCCGCCUGAAAAAGUGGUGUACCAGGGUGUCAAUGUGACCGCUUGCUACCCGAACGUGGGCAGAGACGAGAUUCAAAACGAAGGAAAUGCUGUUGCUAUCAUCGGGGCUGCCAUUAUGUACUGCUGUGUGCUGUUUGCCUGUAAUGAGGCUUCUUACUUGGCUGAAGUUUUUGGACCCUUCUGGAUGAUUAAAGUUUAUCGAUAUGAGUUCCAGAAAGCCACGUGUUGUUUCUGCUGCCUCGAACAAGAGGAAGCAAAGGAAGAUUUUGUAGUUGAUGAUGAGAGCAAAGGCUGCCAGAAAGUGAUCCAUAACGAGAGUCACCGUGUGGCCUACAGCUACUUCUUCUUCCAUUUUGUCUUCUUCCUUGCCUCCUUAUACGUCAUGAUGACCCUCACCAAUUGGUUCAGCUAUGAGACAGCAGUGUUGGAGACCACGUUCACUCAUGGCAGCUACUCCACCUUCUAUGUGAAGCUGUCGUCAUGCUGGGCCUGCGUGCUGCUCUACCUCUGGCUCCUCUUGGGCCCGCUGUGCCGCUGCCGCACUGAUCCCAAACAGCCACAACGAUCACGGAUCAAAAGACGGAUGGCUUCCCAGUGCCAUGUGAGCAUCAGCGUGUGAGCUUUUCUCAGAUCCCAUGGUGUCACAGGGUGCAGCUGAGAAAGAGCCCUUAUCUUAUCAAGAAAUGGGCGAGUCCGGAAUUUUACUACAAGCAUUUUGAUGCUUCAUAAAUACAAAUGGACUCAAGCAUAAAAGAUGAGGCUGGAACAAUCUAUAUGUUUACGAUUACGACGACCGAGCAGUCGUCGGUAUUGCCAAAAGGAAUUACAAAGGUGAACAAAAUACCUGUCCCUUUUUCAGAUAGGAAUAAUGUUCGAUUUCGACACCUCCUCUAGUGGGCUGCUGUUUAGAAGAUAUUAGAUCAGACAAUAACCAGACUAGAUCCGUUCACAAGAACUUUAUGUAGUUUUCUUAACAAAAACUGUGAAAAACUAUUUAUGUAAAUUAUGAGCUGUCCUGUUACUUGUCAUUGUUGUUACUCAGUGAUCUGUUGCUGGCACAUAAGGCAGCCAUAUGCUGCAGGCAAAAGGUCCAUCCGCUUUCGGGCUGUAGUGUGAAUGCAAGCUUUGAACUGUAAUCAUUUUAUUAGACCAACCUUACCCUAAUUAUAGGCUUAAUUCGCAGCAUUUUCUGCCACUGCCAUGAAAAACAAGCUAUUUUUGUAAAUAUAUUUCUAACAAACCACACAUAUUAAGCAUUUUCUGUGCAGUUAUUCAUGGGGAAAAAAGUCAAGGGGAAAUGCCUUUAUAGAAAAAAUAAUUCUUGUAAAGCUGUGUAGCAGUCUCAAAUAAUUUACCAAAUAUGUUUGCUCCUCCUCUAAAAAAAAAAGAGCUCCAUAAGUUUUGCUGCAGUUGUUUGAUGCACCGCCACCAUGAGCAUGGCAGUCAUGAAAGAGUCACACCUAUAAUACAGAUUUGUGCCAAAUUCAGGUCAAGCUGUUGCUGAUAGCACUGAAUACACUUGUCAGCAGAUUCCAGACACAUACUGGACACGUGAGCUGUUAGAACCCAGUUGCCUUCCAAGCUACCAAUGAAGAUGUGAACAAACAUGUCAUUAGAUGGUUAAAUCAGGAAGAUGUUCAUAAAAUAUGGAAAUUGCGUGCCAGCUGGAAUCUGUCCUAUAGGCUUUUCAUUAGUGGAUGUGAGGACAACUUGUCACAACAAAAAGAAAAGCGAAACGCUUAUUGCACUGCUCUUAUAUCACGCUUUCUUAUCUCUUCACUAAAAACCAUUCAGCAGGGGAUUGCUUGUUUUUAAGAAGUAAAAAGUGUGUUGUAGUCAUGCCACACUGAACUACAGUCACUGUCCAAUCACAACUCUGAGCUGUACUUGAAGUUGAGGUUGUAAUCAGAGACAAAAGCAAAGGUCUGAAACCAUCAUUCUUGAGAAAGUGUUGCAUUCCAUACAAAUAAACACACUUUAGUAAAGAAAGUUCACCUUUACUGUGCUCAUGAGUUCGUUACUGUGCAGCUUAUGACCGUUCAGAUAAGGAUACUUCAGUUCUUUUCUAUUAUAUUUGUGUAGCUCUUUUUUCAAAGAACAUUGCCACAAAGCAGCUUCACAGGAAUAUACAAAGUCAGGAAGAAUACAUGUUGAAUUUAAAUGUAUCCCUAAUGAGAUGUUGACGGUGGUGAGGAAAACUCUCCGGGAUGGACGAGGACAAAACCUUGAGAGGAAACAGACUGAAAAAGGGAACCAAUCCUCAUCUGAGUGACCCCAGACGGUGUGAUUGUAAAUCACGUCUUUUCUAUAACUGUACACUAUAUGAUCAAAAAUUGUAAAACUGUUCACUGAUGGAGACUUGGGUGCAAAAAAUGUUAUGGCGAUUGCAGUCCAAACCAUCUCCAUGGUUUCUAUGUGCUACCAUUCACCGCAUUCCCAUGAAUCUCCAAACUAUCUGUGUGAAGCCGUCCGCAGCAGCAUCGAGCGGUCUCCAAGUAAUAAGACUCGAAAAACAGACGUAAGGCAUCACAACAUAUCAGGCAGGUCCGGAGAGCAGAAAGGGGUCAGAAACAGUGGCAUUUCACAGAUCAAUGUACAAAGUGUGCAAGCAGGGACAAGAGUAGUGAUGAAUAGUAGGAGUAGUUUGCUCUUACAUACUGUACUGUGAGCAUAAUUCUGCAUUAUGAACGUGGUUCAUCAACAUGGUUUUAUGCAUAGGAUUUAACUGUGAUGAGUCUGUGCCACCUUGGUGCCAGAUAUUAAAUCUAACAACUGGACAAGCCCCAGAGCAAGCCAUACCAAUAUUCUCUAAAGACAUGGGUUGUUCUAAAUAUAUUUUAGAACAUCUGUAAAACAGAUCGGUCCUGUUUCGCAAAUCGGCACAAGGUCUGCUGUGUUGUGUUAAUCUGAAGUGGAUGCAAUACAUUUGGCCUUAAUCCGGUGCAGUUAGUAUUUGGUGUUUAGUUAAACUCUACAGAGAAGCAUGCUUUUAUGUUCUACAUCCUGUGCUUGCAGAGCAAAUUGUACUGAUAGUCUGACUCAUAGACAAGCAAAAAAAAAAACAUUGUUCUAUUGUGUUAUGGCAAGUUUUUAUUGAUCGGUGUCCUGUCCCCCAUGUUUCACUGACACGGCUGAACAUUCAGGCAUUAAUUUAUCUGAUAAUUAAACACAGUUUUG